AUGACCACCUACAUCAACAUGCGCGACUACAAGACGAUGGACUUUUGGUUCACGGACGGCAACAUCGUCCUCCUCGCCGGCGAUGUCGCGUUCAAGGUCCAUCGCGGGCAGCUCAUUCGCCACUCCGAGAUCUUCCGCGACAUGUUCUCGCUCCCCCAGCCGAUGGACGAGACCGUAGACGGGUGCGCUUGGGUCGUGCUGCACGACGACCCGUCCGACUUCCUCCACCUCCUCCGCGCGCUUUACGAUGGCCUGUACUUCCCGAGGCCAUCCUCGGGCGACUUCUGCGCCCUCUCCGCCGUCCUCCGCCUGUCGUACAAGUACCUCAUCGAGCACCUCCAGACGCGCUGCCUCCGCCGGCUUGAGGCCGACUGGCCCGCCGCGCUUCCCGGCUGGGACUGUCGGGAGGCGCAGGCGACGGCGGACAUGCGCUACAGCCCGCGCGAGCACUUCCCGCACCCGGUGCACCUCAUCCGUCUCGCACAGGAGCUCCGGCUCGACCACCUCCUCCCCGCGGCGUACUACGACCUCUCGCGCUACGGCCCGCGCAAGAUCGCCGCCGGCGCGUCGCCCCUGCCGCCCUCGCUCCCCGUCACCUCCGCCCCUCCGCCGUCCGCGCCCCCGGCGAACAUCCGGCUCGCGCACGCGGACCUACACGCGACGUUCGUCGGGCGCGAGGCGGGCCAGCGCUUCCUCGCCACGUUCAUCGACCGCGAGCUCGCGACGCGCCCGAUCUCGGCCGGCUGCGCGAACCGGGCGCACGGCGACGGCCACCACUGCCGGGAGAGCUACUACUUCAUCAUGCUCAACCUGCUCCGCGCGGUGUCCGGGAUCGCGACGGGGCGCGACGCGGACCCGCUGUUCUCGCUGGCGCAGGCGAGCGAGAUGCUCGGCCGGACGGACUUCAGCGACGGCACACGCCAGUGCGGGCUCCGGAUAUGCGGGGCGUGCAAGGAGGACUUUGCGGGCGCGGUGGCGAGCGCGCGCAGGGAGGCGUGGGAGAUGGUCCCGGUGUGGUUUGGGCUGAGAGGUGUUCCGGUGGGCCCGAAGGCGAAGAGGUCGAAGUGA